AGGGUGGGGCCCGGAGCCCAGUCCCGGAAGCGCCAGCGCUAAGUCACCCCAGGAGGGCUCUCCCCACCGGACCCGUGCCCAAGCUGAGCCCUGUGAAAGCAGCUUCCUGCUUGGAUCCUUGCAAGGUCUCCUGCAGCACCUGCCCAGAUGCCAGGAGCUGGGGCCCCCAGGGGCCAGGGUCAGUCCCCUGCCGGGAUGGGUCCUCUGGGCCGGCCCUGGGUCCUCCUACUCACCUACACGCUGACUGCCCUGGAGCUCACCUGCCUCUUCAUGCAAUUCUCCAUCAUACCGUACCUGUCCCGGAUCCUGGGCCUGGAUUCUGUCACCUUUGGCUACCUGCAGACCACCUUUGGUGUGCUUCAGCUGCUGGGCGGGCCCGUGUUCGGCAGGUUUGCAGACCAGCGCGGGGCGCGGGCCGCGUUCACCAUAUCGUCCCUGGCGUCCUCUGCACUCUACCUGCUCCUGGCGGCCUCCUGCAGCCCGGCCCUGCCCGGCGUCGCCUUACUCUUCGCCUCGCGCCUGCCCGCCGCGCUCAUGCACACGAUGCCAACCGCCCAGAUGGUCAUCACCGACCUGUCUACGCCCGAGGAGCGCCCCGCGGCCCUGAGCCGGCUCGGCCUGUGUUUUGGCCUCGGCACGAUCCUCGGCUCCCUGCUCGGGGGGACCCUGAGCGCCGCGUGCGGGAUUCACUGUCCGGCCAUCAUAGCUUUUGUGGCUAACCUCCUAGGAGCCGCCCUCAGCUUCACCUGCAUCCCCGCCAGCACCAAAGCGGCCAGCGCCCGUGGCCAGGCUGCCCCACCGGGUGGACCCAAGGCCAGCUUGUUUGACCUGAAGGCAAUCAUCCACUUGCUGCUGCGGCCAGGUGUCCUGCCGGUGUUCCUCAUCAAGGUGAUCUCCGGCUUCCCCUCAGGGCUCUUCAUGGUCAUGUUCUCCAUCAUCUGCAUGGACUUCUUCGGGCUGGAGCCCGCCCAGUCCGGCUACCUCCUGUCCUUCUUCGGGCUUCUGCUGAUGAUCACCCAGGGCCUGGUCAUCGGGCAGCUGAACAAGCACUUCUCAGAAGGAGCGCUGCUCCGGGCUAGCGUGUUGGUCUUCUGCGUGGUGGGACUGGCCAUGGCACGGAUGUCCAGCAUCCUCCAUUUCUGCCUCCUGAUGCCGGGCCUGAUCUUCAGCCUGUGUGCCCUCAACGUGGUCACCGACAGCAUCCUGACCAAGGCCGUGUCGCCCUCAGACACAGGGACCAUGCUGGGCCUCUGCGCCUCGGUGCAGCCGUUGACCCGCACGCUGGGGCCCACCCUGGGCGGCCUCCUGUACCGCAGCUUUGGCGUCCCUGUCUUCGGCCACGUGCAGUUUGCCAUCAACUUCCUUGUCCUCCUGGCCCUCUGGAGACAACCUCUGCCCCAGAAGAAGAGCAGAGUCCAGUGACCCUGGACCCUGGGCAUAGACUGGCAAUAAAUUCCCUGGGAACCUC